AAUUUAUGUUUUUGUCCACUUUGUUUCAUCAAAGAUUGUUCUUUGGAGUUUUUGUUCUCAGCAUCUUUCCUUUUCUUAUAAUAUAUAUUUUUUCCUUUUUGAAAAUGGCUUCUGCUUGGAAAGGCUGUUUUGUACGGAACAAUGUAGAGUGUAAUUCAUUGUUGAUUCAGUCUUUAAUUUCUCCUCUUAGAAUCUUAGAAAUAUCUAUAACAUUAACAUGUUUCAAUAUUUUUGUAAUGCCAGAAAAACGUGUAAAUACCUUACUUGGAUUAGAUUAACAAUCUAAUAAUACUCUGUUGUUAUCUGUGUCAAUGCAUUAGGAAUUACCGCAAAUGCUGGUUGAAUCAGUUAUAGAUACAUGGACUAUACUUUUCUUGGAUAAGUGAAUCGGGUUUAGAUAUUCUCUGUACUUAGAAUAUGAUUUCUGCCAGUUGCUUAAAAAUGUUUACUUACAGGCCUAUAACGUGUUAUCAGUACUUUCUAAUAUGUUUCAUAGACCAAUUAUGUACUUUUCACGGGAUUUGUAUGUGGAUGCGAGUGGUUGUAUGAUUAAUGUCUAUAACAAAAAGUAAUGUUGGAAGUCUUGCAUCAGGAUAGAUGAUUUUAACAAAUCUUGUUGUCUAGGGUACAUCUGUUGGUAAUUUUGUAGUAUUGCUAUCGGCCAAGGGUUACAAUUAACUAAUAUAUGGAUUCUGUAAUCUUGUGUGUCUAUAGAUAUUUUAACAGGUCCUGAGUUUUCUUGGUAGGUAUAGUAUUUACGUUUCUUUGUCUUUGAUACUUCUCGCUUCAGGGUCUCUGCUACCAUCAAUAUCAAUUAGUGAUGAGUGCAAGUUGGAAAGAUGGUUGGGAUGAUGAAUGCUCUGUCAUAGGUGAUAAGGGCGAGAUCGGAUUCAUUGAUUUUGCUGAUGAUAAGUCUGUGCAAAGUUAUGGCCUAGAUGAAGAGGGACCGGUUGUUAUCUCAGUUCCAUUUCCUUUCACUCAGAAGCCUCAAUCCAUUCUUGUUGGACAAACUUCCAAGUGGCCAAUUACAUUAGAGAACACCACUAGUGAGCCAGUAGAACUCUGGGGAGUGAGGAUAUUCUGCUCAAAUCCAGCAGAUUCCUUUACUUUGUCUCUAAUGGAACCACCUUCAGCCAAUUCAAACUUCGAACAUCAGCAAAGGUUCUUAGAGGGAUACUCUCUUGAGGAUAGAGUACUUCAACCGCAUCAGACUCUUACCAUUUGGCUGUCUUGCAAACCAAAGGAGAUGGGUUUGCACACAACUGUGGUACAUUUUGACGUAGAUGAUAAUAGGAUUGAACGUGUGGUCUUUCUAUUGGCUGAAGAUAAUGUCUCCCAGUCUCUGGCUUCUGCUGUACCAUAUAGAAGAGCUCCAAGAAGAAAGCAAUUUGCCGUUGAUGAGUAUGUGGUUUCCUCUCGCCCUGCUAGACCAACAUCCCGAGGAUAUAAAUCUAAGCUUUCAGAAUAUCCAAUCCCAAAAAAUCUCAGAGAGAUAAUAGAGAAUAAGCAUGUGCCUGAUGUCAUUGCAGAAGGUUUGACAAAGGAGAAUUAUGCUGCUUUCUUCAGUACAUUGCUUGUAAUGGAAGAGCUGCAUUUAGAGGAAGAAAUGAGGUCUCAUAGCAUGGAAUGUGUCAUGAUGAGGAGGAAAGGGCCGCAGUUUGUUGCUCUUGAGGUGCCUGGGCUAGCUGAGAGGAGGCCUUCACUUGUACAUGGCGAUUAUGUAUUUGCGAAGACUGCCUCUGGCAAUUCAGAUCAUUCUGUAUAUCAGGGCUACAUCUAUCGCGUUGAGGCUGAUGAAGUCCUCUUGAAAUUUGCAGACAAAUUUCACACCCUUCACUGGGAUGGGAACUUAUACAAUGUUCAAUUUACAUAUAACAGGGUGAACAUGAGGAGGUUGUAUCAGGCUGUUGAAGCAGCAGAGACUUUACAGGACAAUAUUCUCUUUCCAUCUCAAUCAACCAAAAGGACAUUGGUUAAAACAGCCCCAUUUGUACCUUGUAGCUGUACUCUGAAUGCGGAGCAGAUGCAUUCUGUUGAGAUGAUACUUGCUUGCAAAGGAGCUCCUCCGUAUGUGAUUUAUGGCCCCCCUGGCACUGGUAAAACCAUGACUUUGGUGGAAGCAAUUCUACAACUAUAUACAAGAAGAAAAAAUAGUCGGAUUCUUGUAUGUGCUGCUUCAAAUAGUGCUGCAGAUCACAUAUUAGAAAGACUUAUCAGUAACAAGAAUGUGGAAGUUAAGGAGAGUGAAAUAUUUAGGCUAAAUGCUGCUAGCCGUGCCUAUGAGGAUGUUCUUCCUGAUUAUAUUCGCUUCUGCUACUUUGAGGCAUCCCUUUUUAAAUGUCCUCCACAAGGAGCCCUCAAGCGCUAUAGAAUUAUCAUAUCAACUUAUAUGAGUUCAUCUCUACUUUACGCAGAAGGUGUGAGUCGUGGUCAUUUCUCCCACAUUUUCCUUGAUGAGGCAGGCCAAGCUUCAGAACCAGAAAGCAUGAUUCCUAUAGCCAACCUUUGCCGGAAGGAAACUGUUGUUGUCCUUGCUGGAGAUCCAAAGCAGCUUGGUCCUGUUAUAUUUUCGAAAGAUGCAGAGGCUUUUGGAUUGGGGAAAUCGUAUCUUGAAAGGCUUUUUGAGUGUGAAUCCUACUACAGUGAAGAUGAUAACUUUGUAACAAAGUUAGUUAGGAACUAUCGUUGUCAUCCAGCAAUUCUAAAUCUCCCUUCAAGGCUUUUCUACAAAGGGGAGUUGAUUGCAUGUAAAGAGGAUGAUUCUUUCUCAAUAACUUCUAAGGUGGAUCUCUUUCCAAAUAAAGAGUUUCCUGUUCUCUUCUUUGGCAUUCAAGGCUGUGAUGAGAGAGAAGGCAAUAAUCCAUCAUGGUUCAACCGAAUUGAAGUAAGCAAGGUCGUUGACAUCAUCAAUAAGUUAAGAGCAAGUACUGAUCUAAAUGAGGCAGAUAUUGGAGUAAUAGCACCUUACAGACAGCAGGUCCUCAAGAUCAAGACAGUGCUUGAAACCUGGGACUUGCCAGAUGUAAAGGUUGGAAGUGUCGAACAAUUUCAGGGUCAAGAGAGAGAGGUCAUUAUUGUAUCUACAGUAAGGUCAACAGUCAAACAUAAUGAGUUUGACAGAGCUCACUGUCUUGGAUUUCUCAGCAAUCCAAAAAGGUUUAAUGUUGCGAUUACUCGGGCCAGAUCUUUGCUCAUCAUUGUUGGAAAUCCACACAUUGUCUGCAAGGACCCUUAUUGGGAGAAGCUCUUGUGGCAUUGUUCUGAAAACAGCUCCUACCAGGGCUGCCCCCCACCCGAAAUGCAGAACCAUGACUAUGGAGAAUCCUUUUCUGGCACUGGCUUAAAUAAUGAAGAAGAAGAUCCCUGUUCCAAAGUAGAGGCAUGGAAUUGUAAUUUUGAAGCGGAAGCUGUUCCCAAAAUUCCAAAGCCUGUUACUGAAGAAGCUGAGGGAUCAGAUGGUUGGAAGUAAUAGUUAUAACAUAAAACAAGCUUUUCAGCUAUCUUAGAACGAGUAAUACAUUAGAUUUUGCCCCCCACCAGGGCAUUUCAUGAAAUAGUUGUACCUAGUUGUGGCGUUGAUGUCAACUCUUGAACUAAUCCUGAACAGCAAAAUGUUUCAGACCUUUUGCUGAUAUGCAGAUAGAAAAGGCCCAAAUGAUGAAUCCUUGUUUGCUGUUACUUAUAUAUUCUUACCAGCAUUCUCUACUCAA